CAGCCCACAAGGGACGGUCCAGGUGCCACGGCGUGGGGCCGGCGGACUCGGCGGGGUGACCGGUUGAAGCGAUGGCCCGGGUGCUGGUGGUCGGCGCCGGCCUGACGGGCGGCCUGUGCGCCGCGCUGCUGCUGCGGGGGCGGAUGCGGGUCGCCGUGUGGGAGGCGGCGAGAAGCCCAGGAGGAAGAAUGAACACAAGCAGAGAUCCGCACGACUCAAACUGCACAGCAGAUCUGGGAGCACAGUACAUCACAGCGACCCCGUACUUCGCUGAGAAGCAUCAAAGUUUUUAUGAAGAGUUGUUGUCGCGAGGCGUUUUAAAACCUCUUCUUGGUUCCGUGGAAGGAAUAACAAUAAAAGACGAAGGAAUCUGUAACUACAUGGCACCCCGAGGGAUCUCCUCGAUUGUCAAAUAUUACCUCAGUGACUCAGACGUGCUGUACAAUCGCCAUGUUACCCGCAUCAACCUCAAAGAGGGGAAAUUGGAGGUGUGCUGCGACUCGGGCCCUGCGGAAAUGUUUGAUGCCGUUGUCCUGACGAUGCCAGUUCCUCAGAUGCUUAAACUGCAAGGAGACAUGAAGACCCUUAUAAGCGAGUCACAAAGGCAAAGACUAGAAGCUGUAAGAUUCUCCUCACGGUUUGCGUUGGCCCUAUUCUACGAAGCAGGCACUUGUAUUGAUGAGCCCUGGGCCGCAAAGUAUAUCGUCGACAAUCCCUGCAUCCGCUUCAUUUCCAUCGACAGUAAGAAGCGCAGUUCAGAGUCGCCUGAAGUUGGGCCCUCGGUGGUCGUUCACACCACGGUUCAAUUUGGAGCGGAAAAUGUGGAUAAAGAGAAGGGAGACGUGGAACCUCUGAUCCUCGAGCAACUGCAGAAGGUGCUGCCAGCACUUCCAAAGCCCACCAGCAUCAAGUGCCGCAAGUGGAGAUUCUCACAGGUCACUGAGGCAGUCUCCAGUGAUCCAGGGCAAAUGACCCUCAGCAUUCAGCCACUGCUGGUGGUAGGGGGAGACAGCUUUACCCAUUCCAAUUUUGACGGCUGUGUGGAGUCGGCCUUGGCUGUCUUGAAUGUAUUCAAAUGUCAUUUUUAAGUUCAGUUUACUUUAUUGUCACGUGGGAAGUUUUUGUUGCGUGCUAACCAGUCAGCAGGAAGCCAAUACAUGAUUACAAUCAAGCCA